UAGUGAGAGGAACGGAGACUCUCGGUUCUCAACGUGCUGCAGGAGAGAGAUUAAAAAAAAAAAAAAAAAAAACGAACGUGCCUGUGCUUGUCAAAAACUGCCGUCAUGGCCUCGGCUCUGAAUGUAAUGAGGUUAGCGAGGAAACUGUCGCGUUCAAGGAUCCGCGGCAAAUAUCUACACACUACGUCAGCCGGACACAAAAUUCUGACGUCACCUUUACCUGACGUCGACUUGCCUUCAGGAAAUUUGACUUCACUCAUACUGAACAAAGUUACGAAAUGGGGACAUCACACUGCCACGGAGUGCAGCGUGACGGGGCGGAAGUAUACUUACUCCCAGCUGGUGGACGGGGCAUCCAGGUGGGCGGGCAUGUUGACCAAGAUGGGCAUGAAGAAGGGGGAUGUCUUGGCAGUCGCCAUGCCCAACUGCCCUGAGUACCCCAUCGUCCUCUUGGGUACGCUGAUGGCUGGCGUCGUUGCUUCUACAAUGAAUUCAAAUUAUACGGCAGGAGAAAUACACCGCCAAUUGUUAGACUGUGACGCCAAGAUGCUAAUAUACGAUCCUGUCUUGGAGAACAACGUGGACGACGCCCUUGCACAACUCCAACGACCCCUCCUCCUCGUCACCAACGGCCCUUCAGCUCGCUCCGGGGCCCUCAACAUUCGCCAUGUGUUUGACGACUCCAACAUCGCCUUCGCUGAUCCGGUUGAGCUUUCCGGGGAUGAACUCGCUCUGAUGCCCUACUCCAGCGGAACCACGGGGCCACCGAAGGGCGUCGCCAUCACCCACAACGGCUUCUCCUCCAACAUGGUCAUGUAUUCGGUGCCGGCCAGCCUGCCUGUAAAGGAGGCAACAGCGACAAGCCAAGGGAGCUUCAUGUGCCUCCUGCCAUGCUACCACAUCUACGGGAUCCUGCCCAUCUGUCUCGUAGGAUUGACUGUGGGAAUCAACGUAGUUACUGUACCCAAAUUUGACCCAAAUACCUUCGUCAACACCAUCACAUCACACAAGAUGAGCACCUUGCAUCUGGUUCCUCCACUUCUCAACUUCUUGCUGCAUUCUCCUGCCGUCACUGCCGAGAGCAUGGCCCAUCUGGAGCACAUUGUGAUCGGUGCUGCGCCUGUGUCUCCAUCGGCGGCUCAGAGUUUCAAGGAGAAGAUCAAGAAACAAAUAUUUUUCCAAGAAGGGUAUGGAAUGACCGAAGUAAUGCUAACUCACGUGGUCCCUGUGGGUACGGAUGAAGUAGGGACAUGCGGUAUCCUGUUGCCAAAUGUAAAGGCGAGAGUGGUGGACACUGUUACUGGGGAAGACCUAAACGCAUGCGAGGACGGAGAAAUAUGGGUCAAGACGCCGUCGAUGAUGCAAGGUUAUUUCCAAAAUCCUACUGCCACCGCUGAGACGAUCGAUGCUGACGGCUGGCUUCACACAGGCGACGUCGGCCACUAUGACGAAAGGGGUUUCUUCAAGAUCGUUGACCGUACGAAGGAACUCAUCAAAGUGAAGGGUCUGCAGGUAUCGCCAUCUGAGCUGGAGGACCUACUUCGCCAGUGUCCUUCCGUGGUGGACGUAGGUGUGGUCGGUAUACCAGACGACCGGCUGGGAGAAGCACCACGGGCCUACGUAGUCGCUUCCAAGAUGAUCUCGGAGGAGUUCGUCCACGAAUUCCUGGAGGACAAGGUGGCUCCUCACAAGAAGCUCGCUGGUGGAGUGUACUUCGUCAAGGAACUGCCGAAGACCGCAACGGGAAAGCUCCUUCGUCGAGAGCUGAAGAGAAUGUCCAUGGAAGGCAGUACAUAGAGGUGGCUGACGAUAUGGCGUUUUAAGAGAGUUUGGGACGAUUAUUUUUAAUGAAGCAGUUUCGAAAUCGUGAAAGGAUGAUGUCGAAACUGGUGUUUUAUUUUUCAAUAAAUCUGUUUUAUGUA